AUGUACCACGUGCCUCUUCCGUCGUCUGAUGAAGAUUUCAUAUUCGGUGUCCGCCCAGAAAAUGAUUUGAAAUAUUUGGAAGUUCUUGAUCUUGAGUUUUCAGACCCCCCAAAAAUCCAAAGACUUGGCAACACAGGAUUCGAAAUCAAUUUUUCGCUGAUUAUCCAGGGUUUCAAUAUCUGGUCUGAAGUUUCUCGAUGGGUCUCUUCUGGUCAAAGAACACAAAGAUCGCCUACCUCGAGGGGGCUCUCCUGGCGAGACGACUCAUUCUGGAGUAGUAGCCUCACGGUGCUUGAGGACUGGCGAGAAGCUCAAUCUUCACGCGUGCAUUUCUCAGCUACCGACUCUCAUUUACCGGCUUUCCUAUCUCGCAGACAUGGUGAGCGGUAUGCCUUCGUGAAUUUGAUAUAUUACUCAACAUCCAUCUUCCUGCACCGCGAGUGUCUGCCUUUAAUUAUGAAUGGCGGUCCUUCCCAGGGGGGGUCUGAUGAGGCUAACACCUCUGCCGAACCAGUCUGCACCAAUUGGUGGGAGACCAGUGCGGAGAAAUUGGCUGAAAGCGCCCUCAACACUAUCCAUCUUAUCAGACAACUUCUUCAUCAUGGGAUAGAUUUACAGGUUCCAUUUACAUGCUAUUGCGUUUUCAAUGCUACAACAGUACUUUAUUACGCCAAGAAAUGGCCCGAGAUCAUACCUGGGGGUCCGAAUGCAGUUGAGCUUUUUGACUGGGGGGUUGAGUGGGUAUCACGGGCAAGUGAAAUUUGGGAGGUCGCACGAGUCUGGCGAACGACCUUGAUGAAGAUUGAUACAUUUCACAUCGGUCCCGGACGCACCAGUACAGCGGCUCUCGGCCCUCAAAGUUCGUCGCAAUCUCGAAACUGGGAAGAGUUGCGUUCUGACCAAAUAUCUCUCCCUAUUGAAGGGAACUCUCCAACGCCACUUGGAUUUGAUGAAAUUCAAUUGCCCCAUCAGCAGUAUUAUGCGACUUCAGAUGGUCUGAGUUCGAUAUGGGACUCUCUGAUAGCCCACCCCGUCCACGCAUUUCCGGCAAUGGAUGGUGGUUUUCUGAACUUUGAUUCGAUUAAUUCCCAUAUCGAUACAAGGUGA